AGACGCAAAUUUACUUCGAGAAGCGUGUAUCGGUUCAAAACGUCGAUCACCUGUAGCGACUGAAACCAACCGAUCUGGUCCGGUAGACUUACGUUGCUUGUAUGGGAAAGUUCGCUCUAAUAUGCUUCACUUGUGUAUAGUAGUAGCAUGUAAUCUGAUAGCAAAAACAUUUUGCACUUAUAAAAUAAUACACUUUACCUGAAAGAAACAUUCACUUUUUUAGUGUGAUAACCCAAUUCACGAUAAUGAAAAUAAGAAGUUAAAAACUUUUAAAAGAAAGGUUAUUUCCUCACAAUACAUGUAGGUUAUAGCGGCACAUAAUGGGUAUAUUAAAACAUGAUGCUAGUGCUGUUCGCCUGUGAUCUAGGGUGGGGACGAGAUGUUAUGCAACGCAUUUAAGGUUUAGAGCCGUGGAAGUUGUCCUUUCCAGAGAAUGACGUCCUUCUCUCGCUGCCAAGUUAGGGUUGAAAUCGUGCAGCUCUGGGGAAAAAAUCGUUUUCAGUUAUAAUUUAUUUUUUCUAUACCAGGGAUUAGGAGGACGCCUAUUUGUUUGUAUGCUCUUGGGUGGAGGGCUGUUACAGGAUGAGCUAAAACGUUGUUCCAUAGCAAGCCAUAAUCCGAUGUUUUGUAUCAUAGAAUGUUGUCUCUUACGAUGAUUUUUUUUCUUGGACUGCUGACGCACAAAGUGGUACCUCACAUGAAAGAAUUAAGUAGCAUUGUUGAAAAUGACUUUGAUGCUUUUUUUUUUGACGGAUCCCCAUGAAAUCCCCAUGAUAGAUUUUGGUGUAAGUCUUGGGACAAUAAGACUGGUUGAUUUAUGUUGAAGCAGCCUGUAAGCUCCACCCCGCUAGAGAAGGAUAUGACCUGUGCCCUUCAAGAGGCAGCUUUCGGGUUGCAGUGAGAGGGACCCAAAGGACUCCUACAGCUCCACCUGCCAAUGGACAUCAGAGGUGAAUAUGUUAAGUUCUCCAAGGAGAGGUACCUGCUUGACACCCCACCUGAGAAGCUUCGGAAGGAGCUAGAGGAGGAACUGAAGCGGAGCAGCGAUGAUAUGAGCAGUCAUGGCUGGUACCAUGGCCUCAUGCCCCGAGAGGUGUCAGAGACGCUGGUCCUACGGAAUGGAGACUUCCUGAUACGGGACUCACUCACAAGCAUGGGGGACUAUGUACUGACCAGCCGCUGGAACCACAAGGUUCUGCACUUCGUCAUUGGCAAAGUUCUGGAGGAGUCCGGCACCUUUCGCCCUCGGGUCCAGUACCAGCUGGGGAGGGAGAGCUUUGACUCCGUAGCUGCCCUCAUCCACUUCUAUGUGGGAAGUCAAAAGCCCCUGUCACAGGAGAGCGGUGCACACAUCUACUGCCCCAUCAACCGGACCCUUCCCCUGCGCAUUCUGGAGGCAGCCUUCACCGUGACCCUCAAGCAAGACCCAGUCAGCCCCUUAUCUAGCUUGAGGAGAACGUUUAUCCAGAAGCAAGGUGUCGCCCUGGAUGACAGGCCCAGGACACUGCUGGCCAUGCCUCACAGACUAUCCAGCAGCAUGGAUCAGAUCCAGAUGAUACGAUCUCCACUGUCACCUCUUGGAGAGUAUGUUCCCUCUACGGCCUACAAUACCAUCUCCCACCAUAGAAGUCCAUCUGCCAGUAAGUUGUUCAACGCCUCGCCCCAGUCGCCGGACUCGCAUUGCUCCAGCCAGCACAGACUCUGCCCAGGGCCCGUAGCCAGUCCCUACUCCUCCCUAAAGAUCUCCAAGCCCCACCCUUCCAAAGCACCUGUCCUACCCAGUGAAGGCUAUGAGGAGGGCUAUGACGUGCUGGAGCAUAGCAGAGGGGUCUUCAGUGUCCCGCUGGUGGAGAAGGAGUCGUCCUUCAAACCCGGACAGUACAGGUCACUGCUGAUGCCCGCAGAGAACAAACCUCUGGAGGCAAGCAUCCUGAAGAGGGUGAAGGAGCUGCUGACCGAAGUCGAUGCCAGGACCGCCGCCUGGCACAUCACCAAGGCAGACUGCAUGGUUGCUAGGAUACUGAACGUUUCUGAGGAGAUGCGGCAGAAGAUGGCAGUGAGUUCUGGUCUGGAGCUGCUGACUCUCCCACAUGGACAACAGCUCCGCCUGGACUUGUGGGAAAGAUUCCACACCAUGUCAUUUAUGAUGGCAGCUGAACUGCUAGGCUGCACUGGGAGCCGGGAAGAGAGGGCUGCUUUUCUCUUCAAGGCUAUCCUGCUGGCCUCCGAGCUCAAGAGCAGCCAGGGCAACAUGUUCGGCUUUGCCACGAUCAUGAGAGCGCUGGAGCUACGCCAGGUCAAGAGGUUGGAGCAGACUUGGAUAACACUCCGGCAGAAGCACACAGAGGGAGCUAUCCUGUAUGAAAAGAAACUCAAACCUUACCUAAAGAGCAUGAAUGAAGGCAGUCUAGAAGAGUGCAUGCCCUCUGACACCACCUUCCCUCACGUGGUGCCGCUGCUGUCUCUGCUGGAGAGGGGAGUGGCUGUGGGCGAGGAGGCGGAGCUUUGGGAGUACACAGACAUGGGAGUGGACGUGGUAAUGAGUCACCUGGAAACAGCACGUACAAUGGCACAACACGGGGAAGUCUACUGCAGCAACGCCCAGACCAAGCUGCAGGGGUUUCAGGAGCGGCCGGAGCUGCUGGAGAUCUUCCUUACGGAGUUCCAGAUGCGUUUGCUGUGGGGCAGCCGGGGAGUGGUGGCAAGCCAGACAGAGCGUUACCAGAAAUUUGACAAGGUCCUGACAGCCCUGUCCUACAAGCUGGAGCCCCCUGGUGGGCAAAGGGUGGAAAGAACCUGAAAUAAGUAUGUCCCACGAAAUGGGAUGAGCAACGUAACCCUCCAAUCAGUGUGUGGAAAGAUUGGUAAUGUUUGUCCAAAUAAGGAAAUUGGGUGGUGUCAGCGUUCAACUACACCUAGGACAGAGGCGCAGUGCAAAGACAACAUCCCGUGGAAAAUGUAUGGUGAAGUCAGUCCAAAAGAGGUGUGUCGGUAUACAGUAUCAGUUACAAUGUCAGAUUGUCGUCCAGAAGCUCAGUGUAACAUUACUGGUUCAGGGCAGCACUGAUUAAUAACUCCCACCCAGUUGAAGCACUUAAGCGAGAAGCACUUAUACCCAUAACCAAUUUGAUCGUUUUUGGCAGUGAAAAUUCGGCUACACCUACAAUGUCACUCAUCGUGAAUUUAUUUCCUGAAAAACCAAGCUAUGCAGUUCUAUGUAUUUAGCCCUUCCAGCUGCUACUAAAAUGGUUUGUUUUGUAAAACAUAUGUUUACUGCAUUCUUAAAAUAAAGGGUUGUGGGUGAUGAGGGGGUCGUGUGACUUUUUUAUGGUUAGCCCACAGAGGUAGUUUCAGGGCAGCUAUAUAGAUUUAUGUAGCCCUACAGCUACUGGAAUGUUCUAGGGAGUGACUUGUGUCUAACAAAAUUUGCGAGUUUCUGUCUGCUCAGCUCCACCCAGCAGCUUGAGCAACCAGGAUCAGUCGAGGGAAGUCGGGUGAUGUCGCCUCAUCUGACCACGUUGAUGGCCUUCACCGAAAACAUGCCCAUAAGCAGAGUUCACUGUUGACAGGCGUCCUACUGUGGCACAACUGGUGCUGUGUCACUUUAAAUUUGGACCUGUCACAGCAACCCAAAGCAAAAUGGGGACAGGAAGCUGUCUGCACAUCUGCUGUGGCCCCACUGUGUCCUGAAGGACAGUGUGGUAGAUAAUGGAUGUAACAUACUGCAACGAGACAAGAAUGCUGUCCCUCCAUCCCACGAAAAACACUACGCGAAUUACACACCGGUAGUCUCUUUGGUUAAAGUCACAUACUACCAUACUUUUAAAUUUUACAAAUAGCUGAGGAGGUCUGCCAGCAAGCUCGUUGUCUACAUGGUUAUGUGCAGGCGUGAGGUUUCCGUGUAAAGAAUUUUGUCUUAUAAAUAUGCUUACUUGUCUGCUGAAGUUUGUAUUUAAUUUUAUUGCUGUGAAGUUUUCUUUUGUAAAUUGCUGAAGAGAAAAAAAACGUUGUACUGAAAUACAGACAUUAAUCUCCCUUUUUGUGUGGACAUUGUUUUUAUAAGAAUUAUAUUAAAUGAUCUGAGCAUUAA